AUGACUAGUAAAAACUGGAUAUUAAUUUCUACAACUACUCCUAAAAGUCUGGAAGAUGAGAUUUUGGGAAGACUUCUGAAGAUUUUGUUUGUUAUCUUUGUUGACUUAAUGUCUAUUAUGUAUGUUGUUAUAACUUCUUAG